AUGGCCAUGGAGCAGGGAAGAGUGACGGAAUUCGAAGGAAAGAGCCUCGACCAGAUACAAAUUGAGCCUGAAGGGAGAGCAGUAGAGAUCCUCUCACAAACGGACGGGCUAAAAGAAACUUCAAGCGGAGAACCUUCAACCAUUCAUCCAGAUGCACCCCAUGGUAGUGGCAGUGCCCCUUCUGAACGUUGCCCCCUCUGCGCCGGGCUCCUCGGGGCAGAGCACUUGAGCAGACAGCUGUUCCUCUGCUCUCAACACUUCACGUCUGGGGCCUGUGUGAAGUCUCCGCGAGCAGCCGGAUCUAACAACCUCGGCUUUACUUAA